UCCGCUGGCUGUGUGCAGGGAUGAAAACGGGGAAGGCUAAUGCAGAAAAGAGUCGCUCUCGCCAUCGCUAGGAAUAGGGAUAUCCUCCUGGAUGUUUUGUAUUUUUCUGAGUGCAUGUGCGCUGAUAUCCGUCUUUUUUCGAGCACCACCCAUUUAGACCUACCCGUCUGUCUCUGAGCUGUCAAUCAUUUCACGCCGGGGACUCUACAUGUGAGUGCAUGGCGAGCCCGGCAGGGCGGAUCUGCUCACGGGGUGAAAAAACGCCGGUUAAUAUGGCUAAAAGGUCAACCAUCAUCUCCUCCUCCCAAUCGCAUUGAUAAGGUAUGGCCAUAGAGACCCUGGAAGCGCGUAUUCGAUGCAUGAGAAAUGCAGCUUAGCGGUGCUCGUGUGCGCAUCUUGGAUUGGUUUGGCUGUGUGGCUGCGCGACGUUAUUAGGCCCGCUCUUAUCAUUUAUUUCGAGACUGGACCUCAGGUUCGUAACCACCACGUCCCCCUUUCUUAAUCCUGUUGUAGCGACAGAGUCCCAUAACGUCGGCCAGACCACAGAAAAGGGAAGAUGAUGUGCGAAGUGAUGCCGACCAUCAGCGAAGGAGACUCGGCUGGUCCUCCGAGAGGCACCGGCAGCGUCCCGAAUGGCUCGGACCAGGAGGCCAACUUCGAGCAGCUGAUGGUCAACAUGUUGGACGAGAGAGACAAGCUGCUGGAGUCCCUCAGGGAGACACAAGAGACCCUCAUCCAGUCUCAAGCUAAGCUCCAAGGGGCGCUACACGAGAGGGACAUGCUCCAGAGGCAGAUCAAUGCCGCGCUGCCUCAGGAGUUUGCCACUCUGACAAAGGAGCUGAACAUAUGCCGGGAGCAGCUGCUGGAGAAGGAAGAGGAAAUAUCUGAACUCAAAGCUGAAAGGAACAACACCAGGCUGCUGCUGGAGCACCUGGAGUGUCUGGUGUCUCGUCAUGAACGCAGCCUCAGGAUGACGGUGGUGAAGAGACAGGCGCCGCCGCCAUCUGGAGUCUCCAGUGAGGUGGAGGUCUUGAAAGCUCUGAAGUCACUAUUUGAACACCACAAGGCCCUGGAUGAAAAGGUACGAGAGAGGCUUCGGGUGGCUCUAGAGAGGGUGGCAACCCUGGAGGGGCAACUAGCGUCCACCACCCAGGAGUUGAACACGGCAAGGCAGAGGAAGGACGGAGAUUCAGUGGAGCGGACAGACGGAUCCAAGCCUACGUGGAAGAGACUCCCCAAUGGUUCUAUAGACGCCCACGAUGACGGCAGCCGGGUAUCUGAGCUUCAGGAGCUGCUGGACCGGACCAAUAAGGAGCUCUCUCAGAGUCGCGAGCAUGCCGCCACUCUAAACGGCCGCCUGGUUGAGCUUGAGGCGGAGCUAGCCAACGCACGACGAGAACUGAGCCGCAGCGAAGAGCUGUCAAUCAAACAACAGAGGGAGCAGAGAGAGAGAGAGGAUUUGGAGGAAAGAAUCACCACAUUAGAGAAACGCUACCUGGCUGCCCAGCGAGAGACAACCCACAUCCAUGACCUCAACGACAAACUGGAGAAUGAACUGGCCACCAAAGAUUCCCUUCACAGACAGAGUGAAGAGAAGGUACGCCAGCUGCAGGAGAUGCUGGAGAUGGCAGAGCAGCGGUUGGCUCAGACCAUGAGGAAGGCCGAGACUCUGCCAGAGGUUGAAGCUGAGCUGGCACAGAGAGUGGCGGCACUAACCAAGGCUGAAGAGCGUCAUGGCAAUGUGGAGGAGCGGCUUCGACAGCUGGAGUCACAACUGGAGGAGAAAAACCAAGAGCUUGCGAGAGCUCGUCAAAGGGAGAAAAUGAACGAGGAGCACAACAAACGUUUGUCUGACACCGUGGACCGUCUGCUCACGGAGUCCAACGAACGGCUGCAGCUCCACCUGAAGGAGCGCAUGGCCGCCCUGGAGGACAAGAAUGCGCUCAUCCAGGACCUGGAGAACUGCCAGAAACAGCUUGAAGAGUUUCACCACACCAGGGAACGGCUGAUUGGAGAGAUUGACAAGCUGAGAAACGAGAUUGACCAUCUGAAACGCCGCAGUGGAGCGUUUGGAGACGGAACUCACCCUCGCUCUCACUUGGGAAGCUCCAGCGACCUCCGCUUUUCUGUGGUGGAGGGUCAGGACGGCCACUACAGCACAACUGUGAUCAGGCGGGCGCAGAAGGGCCGGCUGUCGGCUCUGCGAGACGAUCCGAACAAGGUGUGUGCCAUGUUUGAGCAGGAUUACCCGUCCCUGCGCGGGAGCGUCAGCCACCUACUAGGCAGUGACAUCGAGGCAGAGUCGGACAUGGACGACGACGUGAGCUCGACGCUGCUCUCGCCAAGCGGCCAAUCAGAUGCUCAGACUCUUGCUCUCAUGCUGCAAGAGCAGCUUGACGCCAUCAACGAGGAGAUAAGGAUGAUCCAGGUAGAGAGAGAAUCAGCCGAGCUGCGCUCUGAGGAGAUCGAGUCCCGCGUGAACAGCGGCAGCAUGGAUGGCCUGAACGUGACCCUCCGACCCCGAGCCCUGCCCACCUCUGCCACCGCCCAGUCGCUGGCGUCAUCCUCCUCUCCGCCCACCAGUGGCCACUCCACGCCUAAGCAUCAUGGACGCAACAACAGCCACCAUCUAGGAAUCAUGACUCUGCCAAGUGACUUGAGGAAACACAGAAGAAAAGUGGCAUCUCCUGUGGAAGUGGACAAAGCUACUAUCAAGUGUGAAACGUCACCUCCCUCCUCGCCUCGAAGUUUACGGCUGGAAACCAACUUCGCUCAGUUCACAGGCAGCCUGGAGGAUGGGCGAGGCAAGCAGAAGAAAGGUAUCAAGUCAUCUAUCGGUCGAUUGUUUGGGAAGAAGGAGAAAGGUCGAAUGGACCAGACUGUUGACAGGGAUGGACAAUCUCUACCAGCCUUAACAGAUUUUGAGAUGAGCAUUGGUGACACUAUGACUUUGGGAAAACUGGGCACACAGGCUGAGAGGGACCGAAGGAUGAAAAAAAAGCAUGAGCUUCUGGAGGACGCGAGGAAAAGAGGCCUUCCAUUCGCACAGUGGGAUGGUCCCACAGUCGUUUCCUGGCUGGAGCUGUGGGUCGGGAUGCCAGCCUGGUAUGUGGCUGCCUGUCGUGCCAACGUGAAGAGUGGAGCCAUCAUGUCCGCCCUGUCCGACACAGAGAUCCAGAGAGAGAUUGGGAUCAGCAACCCUCUGCACAGACUCAAAUUGCGUUUGGCCAUCCAGGAAAUGGUCUCUCUCACCAGCCCGUCUGCGCCCCUGACCUCCAGAACGUCCUCCGGAAAUGUGUGGGUGACUCAUGAAGAGAUGGAGAACCUGGCUUCCUCCACCAAAGCGGAGAAUGAGGAGGGCAGCUGGGCACAGACAUUAGCAUAUGGGGACAUGAAUCACGAGUGGAUAGGAAACGAAUGGCUGCCCAGCCUCGGCCUGCCUCAGUACCGCUCCUACUUCAUGGAGUGCCUGGUGGACGCGCGCAUGCUGGACCACCUGACCAAAAAGGACCUGAGAAGCCAUCUGAAGAUGGUGGACAGCUUUCACAGGGCUAGUCUGCAGUAUGGAAUUAUGUGCUUGAAGAGACUCAAUUAUGACAGGAAAGAGCUGGACCGUCGGAGAGAAGACAGUCAACACGAUAUGAAAGACGUUUUGGUGUGGACCAACGAACAGGUGAUCCACUGGGUCCAGUCCAUCGGUCUGAGGGAGUACAGCGGCAACCUGCUGGAGAGCGGAGUUCAUGGGGCGCUCGUCGCUCUCGAUGAAACCUUCGAUUACAGCAGCCUGGCGCUCAUCCUGCAGAUCCCCAUGCAAAACACACAGGCAAGGCAGGUGCUAGAGAGGGAGUUUAACAACCUUCUAGCCUUGGGAACAGACCGCCGACUGGAAGAGAGUGGAGAUGACAAGUCGUUUCGGCGCUCACCCUCGUGGCGCAAGAGGUUUCGGGCUCGCGAGGGAGGGACGGGUCUGGGGAUGAUGGCGGGCUCCAUGGAGACGCUGCCUGCUGGCUUCCGCAUGCCCGCUAUGUCAAUGCCGCCUUCCAUGAAUUUGGCUGCCAAGAAGCAACUUCAGCCUGAAGUUCCUCCCCCUGCGCCUCCAAGACUUGACCCCUCUGCAGUGCGGACCUAUUCCUGCUAACGACACUACUUAUUAACAGGAGCACUAGUGCUAACAGUGCAUUCUCAUUACUUGUACGGACACAUGCUUGCGGCCUUUUGAGAGUGAUAUGCCAAAUCUGGAGAGGGAAGGAUUGGGUGCGCCAGGAGGGGGCGGAGUCUUCUCCCCUCUCACGCCCAGCCUCACCUCCCGCCUUCCACAUCUCUCUCCUCCCCGCCCCCCGGACUCGUGCAAUACAGGGGGCACCUCUGACCUUUGCUCUCCGAGAGCGCUCGUUGGCUGCUUUCCGCUGCUGCUGUAAAGGAGGCUCGUCCCGGUCUCGCCUUGUUUACCCCAGUGCUCCCAGUAGCCUCGUAGUUGUGGUGUCGUGUUCCUGCUCUCCUUGUGUCAGCUGUGGGGUCUAGUCCUGGUUCUGAUCGUCCUGAAACGGCCAAGACCAAGCGAAUCUUCCUGUGUUAACACGACAGUUGUGAAAAAGAUUUAAGGAGAUGACGAGCAAGUCGUUGCUUCGGACUCAAGAGUGGUGAAUACUUGUAUAAGUGGCAGAUCACUCUGCACAUUAACCUUCUACCGGUUAUGCAAGGUAUUACUCAUUUAUCAUCUCUGUACAGAAAAAUGGAUGACUUAUGUUUUUUAUAGAAAUAUUAUAUAUAUAAUAUAUAUAUAUAUAUAUAUUGGAAAUAUAUAUGGAAAGUAAUAUAAUAUUGCCGUUUGAAACCCAAUGCCCUGUAUUCAAUAGUGACUGUUCUCUUUCUCCUUCUUUCCCUUUCUCUCUGUGUUGGACCUUUGCGUGUCAUUUGCUGUGCGCUGUGUGUGAUUAACUGGUGGGAGGGACUCCCUGAAAGAAGUGUGUGUUUUUACAAGGACACCUCACAGGUUCAUGGGUCCAAUUCUCUCUUCUUCUCCUCUUCUUCUGUCUGCCCCACCAAACCUUUUGACACGAUGUAGCUGUAAUUUCUCUUCCUCUCUUCGCCUCUGUCGCCUUCUGUAUGACACUAUGUAGCCUAGAGAGAGAAAUUUAAUGUGAGGCAUGAAUAGGGAGUGUGUGUGAAUGAGAGAGAGAGAGAGAGAGAUUGAGCAAAUCAGCCUAUCUCCUGGAGACUUUUGAAGGGGUCGAGUGUGCUUGUGGGUGUGAAAGGCCGACCCUAACCAUGUGACUUUGACUCUUUGUGUGUGUGAAUUUUAGUGUGGACACUGUAGCUCACUUCUGUCGAUUCCAAACUUUCUCUCAUGUCAAACAAUAAAUUGCUGCUCAACAUCAGUCAGUGACUUGCGCUGCUCUGCACUGGCCUUCAAAAGCAUCCAUAGCCCUUAAAAUAUUUGAAAUUUUGUCAUGUUACAGUCACAAAAUAAAUGUUUUGUUUUUGUUUUUUGUCUUUUUACCAGGAUUUUAUGCAAUGUAUGAACUUGAACUAGCACAAAAUUGUGUAGUGACAGAUCAAGGAUUCAUGGUUUUCAAAAUAUUUCACAGAAGACAGUGUGAAAAGUGUGGCAUGCAUUUUUAUUUCACCCUUCAUGCAUAAAUUACUUGGCUGUUUCUCUGAUUAAUCUUUCAGUUUAGCCAUGUUGGUAUGUUUGCAGUUGAAGUUUUUCUUUUAAGCGUCUCCACAACUGUUGUUUUCCUUGCUCUUUGCAGAGUAAAGGGAUCUAAAUCAAAAUGCACGCCACGCUUUUAAGGUUUUUAUUCUAGUACACACGACUUGGAAUUAAUAAAAUAUGCUGAUAGUUUUAUUUGUAAUGUGAGAAAAUGUGAACAGCUUAAGGGGUAUGAUUACUUUUGUAAGUCAGUGUAACUGACAGAGACAUGUCUUAUCCUGCUCUACCACCUCAUGGUCAGGUUUUGUGAAGAAAUGCCAGCAGGCAGUCCAUACACCCAGCUGACCAACUCCUCCAAUGAGAACACAGCAUAUGAACUCGUGAACUGCUGGAUGGCUGUACAAUCUUUUUUUAUUAUUAUUAUUAUUAUUAUUUAUUUAUUUAUUUAUUUUACAGAUUUUUCCAAGGUGUCUAAAAGGUGUAAUGUGCUAUGUGGCAGCUAUGAGUACUGUGUCUUUAUUCCAGGUGUGAAACAAUGCUGACAAAUCAAGAUUUUAUUAUUUGGCCAUCUGAAAAAAAAUGUACUGUAUUUAUGACACUAUAUAGACAUGAGUAAAGCUGUUUUUUAAAGAA